GCUUGCAGCUUCCCCCUUUCUCUCCCUCUGGGCUUUUACAUUUCUUCCACUCUGACCCAUUAGGUAUUUACUGACAGCGCAAUGUGACUUUUAACACCGGUUCUCCAUGUGCACUGCCCUGCAGAAUUGGGCCAGAUAAAACUGCUUCCCAAACCCAGGGGCUGGACAUUUUCCUCCCUCUCUACCCUCUCACUGUAGCAGCCAAGCGAAGGAUUCCGCUUUCUUUCUCUCUUUCUUUUUCCAUCCCUCCCUCCGUUAGUGCAAGACGCAAGAUCCUGCCGAGGGAAAGUGCUCAUUGAAAUCAUCACCACCACCGAUCCUGCGCCUGAGGCUCAGAGGAAAUAAAACCCCUUUAUAGCCAACCUCCUGCGGCUGAGGACUUAAUAGCAUGGCAAUGGCUCCAGGCUCUAAGAGAUUCACACUCACCUUUAUCCAGUACAUGGGAUCUGUCUGUUUCCUCCUCCAGAUCGUCUCUGUUGAGGCUGAUGGGAAGUUGUUCACAGUUGAAUCCAGAAACAGCUCUCAGGAUCUGGACCUAACCGCAGCUCAGAAAUUGUGUACUGACCUGGGCGCUCGCUUAGCCACUGCAGAGGAAUUGAGACGGGCUGUAGUGGACUGUUCUUUUGCUGCAUGCACCAGAGGCUGGCUGGCCGACGGUACCGUUAGGACAAUGGUGUGCAGUAAGACAGGCAGCAACCAGCAGAGUGUGAAAGCUAUCGAUGUUAAGAUUGAAAAUGAUCCCUCUCCAAGUGGCAGAUACAAUGCAUUUUGUGUAAAAGAUGAAGACAAACCAUGUGGGGACCCCCCAUCCUUCCCUCACACGAUCCUGCAUGGGCACACUGGGUUUGAAAUGGGGGAUGAGCUGCUAUAUGUUUGUGCUCAGGGCUACGUCAUGGGCAACAAAGAGACUGCUUUUACGCUGCUCUGUGACAGCUGUGGGGAAUGGUAUGGGCAAGUUCAGGCCUGUGUCAAAGAUGAGACUGAGGCACACAUUGACUAUGAAGAUAAUUUUCCCGAUGACAGGUCUAUGCCUGUGGCUGAGCACGAGGAAGAGCCUGGCAAAGAGGAAGGCGAGGAGGAACAAGAGCAGGAGUUUUCCCACCCUAAAGAAACAGAGGCAGAAAAUGUUGGAAGCAGCAAAGAUGUUACGCAGGGUAUAGAUUCUACUGAGAAAGGAAGCAAGGCACCAACUGAAUCACCUGUGUCACUGCUGAGCCAAAAACACUUGUUUUGGUUCCCUGCAGAGUCUUUCAAUGAGCCUGAAUCUGACAAAGACACAAACGAUGCCACUAAAACACAAUUUUCUGAUGGCAACAACCACAUUGGAGUGAAAACCAUCUAUAAUGAACCUGGCAACAAAAUGAUGUAUGACAGCAAGGAUUUCCCCAUUGGACCUGUUCUUGUGAACAAUGAUACGAAGGCAAUGAAAGAUACAGUCACCAAUACUGAUGAAUCCUGGUUAGAUGGUUACCCUGUAACUCAGGAAGCAGUGGAGGAUGACGAAGAGGAAGAUAAGGUUGAUGGAUCAAUGGGAACAGAAGAUGACAUUAUCCUUACAACUGAUCAACCAAACCAUGUUGAAGUUAGGAAAGCAGGCAACAGUAAUCCAGCUCCAGACAAGGAUUUAACACAGAUUGAGGCAGCCCCAACGGGGAUGCGUGAUUAUGGGAUCAAAGAAAUACCAUUAGUACUAACACCAACUAGUGCUCCCGAGAACGUGAGUGCUAGCAAGGGCUCUGAGGAUGUGAUCAGGUAUCACCCAACUACAUCUUUGGGAUUUGUGACUCAGGAGUCUACUACAACAACUACACAGCAUGACCACCCUAACUUGAAAAUUGCUACAUUGAAAACCUCUACAACAGUCAGUCCCAUUGACCACAUUCCAUAUCCAGAGACAGAAGAAACAACAGCACACUCAACACAAGCAGCAACCACUAUACCAACUCGGGAGGUCUUUACUGACUCAUUGUCUAAUGAAUUUCUCGAGCAAGAAAAUCUCACUUAUGGCACAGGAGAAAAACUUCUCCCCACUUCUGAACCUUGUGUAGGAGAGGAUUGUCCUAGCCCAAGUAAAGAUCCUAUGAUAGCUAUCAUUGUGAUUGUUCUAUGUUUGUUACUGUUUGCAUCGAUACUGGCGGUGUGGUGUUUCAAAAAACGGCAACAGAAGAGUUCUGUAUAUAAAUUGAACGGAAAAGGUCAGGCUAGACAUCCCCAUCACCACCAACAGAUUGAAAUGCAGAAAGUCUAACCUGCUACCUGUUUUUUAGCAGACACUAGGAAAGCAAGAAAAAAAGUCACAUGGAUGGUGGACACUGAAACCCAUCAGUGCAGGAAGCAGGGGGCAAAAAAACAAACAAAAAAACAAAAAACCUGUGUGGGAAAGAAGGAAGUUCAGCUGUUUGAAAUCACAACUUAAUAUAUCUUGACAUUUCAGUGUUAAAGAAUCUGUACAUUUUUACCACAUGGGUCUUUUUGGAGAUCUCAGCAAAAAAGAAUGUGUUUGGUAGCGCAACUGGAGAUCAUCCAGCAUUUACAUUUUGCUCAUAUUAAUUAAUAAAAGCAAAUUCUUUGUCUACGACAAGCCAAUGGCAGGACUGGUCAGACCUUUCUGCUUUACUCUCAGUGAGCCAGGCAAAGAGAUGCGGGGCAAAAGUCUCUCUUUGAGCUACCACAUAUGUUGGUGUUUGUUAUUUCUUUUAGAACUAACCAAAUUUGUCAGGGUAGACCAAAACCAAUGAUUACAUGGCAUAUCAUGUGAGGAAAAAUAUUUGGUACAGCAUGUUAAUGUAAUGGGUGAUAUUGCAUUUGGAGAGAUGAUCACUAAGGUACUUUUCUUCAGUGUUGUGAAAUUUUCUUGAAGCACGUUAACCAAACAUGUAGGACAUUAGGAUAUUUUGGGGUUAGGGGAUGUUGUUUUAACCUUAGGAAAGAAAUGCCUUUUUUGGUAUUAAUAUUUUUUGUGGAAGUAAUGCUUUCUCACUGGAAUUGAGAUAAUACAAAUACUAGAAAACUCCAUUCUUCCUUUAAAAGUAAGCAAGCACUGUGGUAGUCAGUGCAUUCCUCCUUUCAGGUGCUAUGAGUAGUCCCUUACUCAUCAAGGAGCCAGACAGGAAUAAAGACCUUGGCAGGAAAAUACAUCUAAAGUAAUUUGUUCUUCUGAGUAAUAGUGCUUUAAGACCAACUGAUGAAGAUGUUGAAUUUAAAUACACAGCCUAUAAUGUAUGAAUUAAAAAUGUUAUGUAAAAUAUAUUUGCCACAUUAUUCUAUGGGAUGACUGAAGUACACUUGUAUACUCAAAUAUGUUUAAAAAAAAAUAGAUCUUGGGGUCAGACGGUUCUCUGAAAAACUUCUGUUCAACGUGCAGCAGCAGUCAAAAAACCUAACAAUGUUAGGAACGGGACAGAUAAUAAGACAGAAAAAUAUGUCAUGAUAUAAAUCUACUCCAUGAUAUAUAGGUACUCCAAUACCUAGAAUACUGCGUGCAGUUCUGGGUACCCCAUCUCAAAAAAAAAAAAAAAAAAAAAUUAAAAUUGGAAAAAGCAUGGAGAGGGGCAACAACAAUUAUUAGGAGUAUGGAACAGCUUCCAGAUGAGGAGAGAUUAAAAAGACAAGGACUGGUCAGCUUAGAAAAGAGAGGAGUAAGGUGGGAGAUGCUAGAGGUCUAUAAAAUCAUGAAUGUUGUGGAGAAAGUAAGUGAUUUUUACCCCUUUACAUAACACGAAAACCAGGGAUCUCCCCAAUUAAAUUAAUAGCAGAGUACUUCUUUGCACAAUGCAGUCAACCUAUGGAACUCAUUGCCAGGUGAUACUGUGGAGACCAAAAGAAUAACUGUGUUCAAAAAAGAAUGAGAAGUUCAUGGAGAAUAGGUCCAUCAAUGGCUAUUAGCCAAGAUGGUCAGGGAUGCAACCCUGUGCUUUAGGUGUCCCUAAACCCCUGACUGCCAAUAGCUGGGACUGGACAACUCAAUAAUUGCCCUGUUCUGUUCAUUCCCUCUGAAACAUCCAGCACUGGCCACUGACAGAAGACAGGAUGCUGGGCUAGAUGGACCACUGGUCUGACCCAGUAUGGCCAUUCUUAUGUUCUUAUUCUCUGAUGAACUGAAGGGGAGUAGAAAGUGGUCAAAGAUAUGAUGUGGAACAGUGGGAGAUACAUAAGUUCAUAAAAACUGCUUAUUUUAGUUUGAAGUAUAAAAACAAACCUAGGCAAGGAAGACCUUGGAGGCUCUUCCAAUAUAACAUCCUAUUUAGAAUUGUUAAGAAUCAAUAUGGGAGAGAGAUAUAGAAGGUGUCUUCUGUCAUCCCUGGAAUAAUUUUGCUUAUUUAGGAAUGAAAAAUCUUACUAUUUGUUCUUACCUGUCCUAAUGACAAAAGUAGUACUCAUAACUCUGAAUAAUCUACAGGUCAGAAAUGAGCUCAUCUUCUACUUCUUACAGUGCAGUCUCAGCCAAAAUACUCAAAUUAUUCAAUAGAUCAAAGCAUGAAGGGAGAAAAAGGUGAAAUAUUGAAAGACGAAUCAGUGGAGAUCAUAUAGGACCAAAUUCUGUCUUCAGUUACAGUGGUGUAUAUUCUGAGUAACUUUGGCCCCAUUUUGUGUAACUCAAUCCCCAUAUACUGCUAACAAAAAUUAAAAACAGGAUUUUAAAAAUAUAGCUACACAUUUUGUGAAAGAAUAGGACUUUAUAGUGAGCAAGAGGAGUUGAGUAUUGUUGCCUGGAUAUAGACAGAAAGAAUAGAAACAGUGCAGGUUUGUAAAUAGUGUGUUUCCUGUUAUACUGCAUGACUUUAAUGUGUUCUAGAAUAUGAAAUAACCUAGGAUUACAGUUGUAAAAUAUUUUUAUGAGGUAACUUUUUUUAAACAAUGGAUUUAGCACUAAGUAACUUUAUGGAGUCUGUUAACUCAACUAAAACACUGUUAUCUGUGUGGAAAUAUACUGCAAAAUAAAUGCAAAAACCAUCAAUUUUUAAACUUUUUUUUAUUUUAAAGCACCAAAUCAGUGUUACAGUUCUGCAUAGUGUUAUUUGAAUGAAGUACAGCUCAACAAGCUAAGUAAACAAAGUCAGUACUGUUAGUGUCAGGAAACGUACAUGAUGAAAAAAUCAUACACAAAUAAAGUUACAAAUGCAAACUGCAUGGGGCUCUUGUGAGACUCACAGAUGCUUGUUAUUCAUGAAAAG